UCGGUGUAGGUCGGUGGUGUCGGCGUCGGCACCUCUAAUUUCAAAAUAACCGUGUAACCGAAAUGAAUAUCGAAGAGAUUUUUAAUCCUGAACAACCGUACUGUUUUAUUCUGUUUGACUCUUAUUAAAUAAAUAAGUAAUCAUGCUGACGCUUUUUGAUAUCUCUCUUCCAUUGUGAAAAUACAACGUUCCGUCGAAGAAAUAGGUUAAUGUUUACUCAUAGCAUCGUAAACAAAAUGAAUCGGAAAUUAAUGCAAUCUGUCCGAACGUACGAGAGGAAGAAAUCAAAAGAAGUAAUAAUUCCAUUACGUAGAGUGGAUGAUUCGACGUUCGACAGUAUUAGAAAUGUUUGUGUUCCACUAACCAAAAAGUCAAAUGCAAUUGAUGAGGAAAGUGGUAACGAUAAUUCUGUACAUGAUCCUUUCGACACGACAUUUGACAGACUUCUUAAAAAUACGAGGAUACCACCGAAGCUGCCUAAAACAGAUAACGACUCACUGUCACUUGAUAGCACAAAUAGUAGUGUUGAAAGACGUAACAAAAAUAGUUCUCAAGAGAAGUCAUAUAGUUUUAAGGUAAAGUCGUUUUCCAUAGGGAAAAAGACACGUAGGAAACAGAAAUCAGUAUUGACGAACAUUAAAACUGGGAAAGUUAAACUACAGAGUACAUUUGGUACAUUGAAAGUGACUAAAAAUAAACCUCAAAAUAAGAAAAAUGAGAAGAAAACAACGUCAAUCAUAUUGGGAAUUGAUUCUUCAGGUGUUAGCUUCGAAGCUAACAUCUCUGACGCGAAGAAACGUAAUCAAAAAAAGAGGAAGAACGUAGCCAAGAGAAAUAAUGUGAAAAGAAGAAAAAAAAAUAACAACUCAACGAAUCGAAUACCUCCUAAGUACGUAGAAACAAAGCGAUGCUCCAUUCAUUUAGACAGGCUUAGUGUAGUUGAACAUAGUAACAAAAUGAAUGAGGUAAAAAAAGAAUCUGAUCAACUGCAGCAGGAAGUUAAUCAAAUGAACAGUAGUAAUUUACGACAUAACGAUACGAGUGUGAAACACUGUUUCGUUAGAUUAGAGCAUUUAGAAAUGGAUUCGUGCACAAAUCCAAGCCUCGGAAAGGAAUCCGAGAACAAUAACAGCGAUACAAGUAUUAAGCAUUGCUUCGUGCAAUUAGAAUAUUUAAAAGAGAAUUCGUUUGUAAGGCCACGUAAUGCGAAAAGUGUACAUGAAAUGAUAAUUAGUAGUACACCAAUUGGCAGACCUCUCAGAUCUACUACUUAUAGAAUUCACAUGUCGCCGAUUCUGAUGAGCUACUCUGAAAAAUCGAAGGAUAAUAAGGACAAAUCGAAUAAUAAAUACAAUAUUUCUUUAGAGUCGAAGUCCGCCGAUUCGUACAUAAAAUUGGGAACAGAAAUGAAUGAAUACAAAGAUAAGCCUAGGCUCUACUUAAGUUUAACAAACACGUCUGUUUCUAGUAAAUCAAAUUCAGAUCGAUCAGAAAAUAUAAACGAAAUGAAUAGUGUUUCAUCAAUUAUUUGCGAUCAGAGGAAUUCUAUGAAAAACACUUCUGAACGCGAGCAAAACGGAAUCUCAAAUAGUCUGAUGUUCACAGUAAAAGAUGAAAUUAUAAAAACGAACCAACAGUGUUUAAGAUUUUCUAUCGAUCCAAACGGAUCACCUUCUUUAUUCAAUGAUACUUCCAGACAAAUUCGAAGUCCGUUAAACGGUAAUACGGAAACAGUGCUUGCCAGUAAUUUAAAGAUAAAUAAUGAAAGUCCAGUCGAUAUUGAAGAAUCAGAUCGAAAUUCGAAUGAAUUAAGUAAGAACUUAAGUUCAAGUACCACUGAUAAAAGUCCCACAAUCGAGAAAACACAGAAAGAAUUGCUUGGAAGUUCAGUCGCAGCUCCAUGGACACCAUUCGCAUCGUUCGACAGUUCAAUAAUUAGUUUAGAAAUAAAUGAUAAAAGCAAAGGCGCAGAUUUAAUUAAACAGUCCGCGCUAAAUGGAUCCAUGCCGUUAAACGUCGAUACUUUUGGAGAUAGUAUAGAAAGACAGAGCGCUUUAUCUCCUUGCGUAGUUUUAAAACGUUUACAAGAUCCUAUUAGGAUAACAAAGAGGAGAGAAUAUAAGAAAUGGAAUCUUGAUUUGGAUAAUAUUGCAGAAGAUUAUAAUGAUAAUACCGAUUUGAUGAACAAAGUGGAUGAAGUAGGUAGAAAAAGUAAAGGUAGAGAAACGAUAUUGCCAGAAAAGUUGCAAGCAUUGGAAAGGGAAUCUCUCGGGAAUACCAACGGAUCUGAUAAGUCUAUAUAUUUAAAGCCUGGAAAAUCCUGGGCGAGAUCAAUAACGAUUUUGAAUAAUGUAAGGAAUGGAUCUGAUUUAGAGAAAUUGUCUAUUGGCAAAGGUAAAAAAUGGAGGCGCAGUGUUCAGGAUAUCUUGAACAUGCAGAAGCGAGGAAGUAUACACAGCUGCAUAAAGAAAAAUGCUAGUGACAAAGAGCUACUCAACGAAAUAAAUAAUAAGCCAGAAAAUGAAGUUACUGGCAAGGGUAGAACACCUGAUUCCGCUAACGUUGCACGUGUCUCGCGAAAGAUAUCAGUUCGCGUCGUUCCGAUCCGCAAGAGUGUAAAAUCCAUAGAAGAUGCACCGUUCCUCGAGGUCUACGGAAUCGUUCCUGUUAGAAGCCAAAGAUUCACGCUGAUAAACAAUCCUCGGCGAUCUUCGGGCAAUGUACAAAUCGAUCAUGUCGACGGCCAAAUCAUCGAAGAGCACCCGAGCCUUACGGCUAAAGAGGUCAUUUUACAAAGAUGUGUACAAAAGAAUUAUAUCCCUUUCUCGACGUACUUUACGGACUCAUACUUAAAACAUUGCCAAAAAAUCGGAGAAGGUGUGUACGGUGAGGUCUUCCUUUACGAAGACGAAGGUAAAAAAUCUGUGAUAAAAAUAAUUCCCAUCGAAGGGAACGAUUAUGUGAACGGCGAGCCGCAAAAGAAGUUUCACGAAAUUUUAUCGGAAAUUGUAAUUGCAAUGGAAUUGCACAAUUUGCGAUUCAACGCCAAGUAUAAUACCGACGGAUUUGUAGAAGUGAAGAAUAUUAAAUGUAUUAUGGGAAAAUAUCCGGAGAAGCUUAUAGAACUUUGGAAUAUUUAUGACGAAGAGAAAUGCUCGGAUAAUGAUUGUCCGUCGAUGUUCCGCGACGAUCAGUUGUAUAUCGUUCUCGAACUUGGCCACGGUGGCCAAGACUUGGAAGCAUUUGUAUUUAAUACCGCGGACGAAGCUCACAUUUUAUUCAUACAGGCUGCCUUGGCGUUAGCGGUCGCCGAAGAAGCUUUCGAAUUUGAACACAGAGACUUGCACUGGGGAAACAUAUUGAUAUCACAAACUAGCGAGCCUAGCGUGCACUAUAAACUUGGAGACAAGAAGAUAGAAUUAAUUAGUAAGGGUGUGAAGGUAUCUAUCAUAGACUUCACUCUUUCAAGGGUAACGUAUCAAGGCUGUAGCAUAUUUAAUGAUCUCUCGUCGGAUCCUACGCUUUUCACGGCGCAAGGUGAAUAUCAGUUCGAGAUAUAUCGCUUGAUGCGAGACAAAGUUAAGAAUAAUUGGCACAAUUUUGAGCCGUAUACAAACAUUUUGUGGCUACAUUACACUUUGGAUAAAAUGAUUAGAGAAGUUAGGUAUAGAAAGAGAAAUCUGAAAAUUCAUAAAAAUGGUAUAGUCAAACUUAAAGAACUGAAAAAUGAGAUCUUAUCGUAUAAUAGUGCCUUCGACUUCGUAAUGAACUGUGAUAAAGUUAGUAAUUUAUUAUGCAUUGACACAAAGUCCGAAGUAACGCUUGUAUGAAUGGUAAAAAUAUAACGAGAAAUUUAUUCAA